CUUCGAAGAUGUUAAAGAUUAGAAAACACCAACAACUUGACUGGUCAUGGUUUUUUGACAGGUAAUGAGUAACCAUGAUGAAUUGUCUGCAAGUAUAAUUCUGGUAUUGAAAGCAUGCUACAAAUAAGGCCUAUUCGAUUAAUGUUGUCUAGCAAUAAUUCAAACUUAAAGUUUUGCGUUUAGAGAAAGCAAAUGUGGUGGGCACAUGUUUUGGUUUUUAACUUCAAUACUAGGACACAGCAGGGCUGCAUUGACCGGUUUCUCCCAGUCUGCACUUCAACUACAGUGGCUACUUCCUUACAGGGUCAUAUAAGGUCCAGCAGCAAACACAAAGCACUAAAGCAGUAAAGAGCCUCUCUUUUCUUUCCGUAUAUGAUCUCCUUGAGCUCACACGAUGAUCCCACAACCACAGACAUUUCUCCUUUGAACUCCAUUCCACAUUUGCCUUUAUGUAGAGAUGGUUCUGCAAUUUGUUUCUCUAGUUUUCUUUAUUGUCCACUAUAUUACUUUUGCUGGUUCUGUUAAUGAUGAAGGUCUUGCUCUUCUAUCCUUCAAGCAAUCAAUAGAAGACUCCACAGCUCGCAGUCUGGACAACUGGAACUCAUCAGAUGCGAACCCGUGUUCGUGGUAUGGAGUUACAUGCAGAGAAGAGAAGGUCUUUUUUCUCAGGCUUCCAAACAAAGGACUAGCUGGGAUGCUGCAACUUGAUACUGGUAAGCUUGUUGCCUUGAGUCAUGUUAAUCUCAGGAGUAACUACCUCUCUGGAAGCUUGCCAGUCGAGCUCUUUAAUGCAGCAGGGUUAAAAUCCUUGAUACUCUCAGGAAACUCAUUUUCAGGGACAGUUCCUGAAGAGAUAAGGAACCUCAAGUACCUACAGACCCUAGAUCUUUCUCAAAAUUCUUUCAAUGGGUCAUUACCUUCAUAUCUUAUUCAAUGCAAGAGACUGAAAAAUCUUGUACUCAGUCGAAACAUUUUCACCGGCUUUCUACCAGAUGAGUUAGGUAACAAUUUGGUUAUGCUUCAGACACUGAAUCUAUCACAUAACAGCUUCAGGGGUUUGAUCCCUGGCAGCCUAGGCAACUUGUCAAGCUUGCGAGGAGUGCUUGAUCUAUCUCACAAUCUUUUCGAUGGCCCUAUUCCAGCAAGCUUAGGAAAUCUUCCUGAGUUAGUUUAUAUCAAUCUCACCUACAACAAUCUUAGCGGUGCAAUACCACAAACUGAUGCUCUGGUGAAUGUAGGUCCAACUGCUUUUAUUGGCAACCCUCUUCUCUGUGGGCCUCCUCUGAAAAAUCAAUGUCCUUCAAGCACUUCCCAUCCAAAUAUUGAUCCUAAGCCCUUAGCAGUAGGAGACAGCUCAGGCAAGCCAGGGAGAGGAAAAUGGUGCUGGGUCGUGAUCGCAUCUGUUGCCAGCACAAUGGUAGGAAUUUGCCUAGUAGCGUUAUCUUUCUGUUACUGGUACAAGAAGGUUUAUGGUUGUAAAGAAAGCACACGUACUCAGGGCCGUAGUUUUGAAGAAAAGUCAAUGGUUAGAAAGGAUAUGUUCUGCUUCAGAACAGCAGACUUGGAAUCUCUAUCAGAAACUAUGGAACAAUACACCUUUGUCCCAUUAGACUCAAAGGUCAGUUUUGAUCUUGAACAACUUCUGAAAGCAUCUGCUUUUCUGGUUGGAAAGAGCGGUAUAGGGAUUGUCUAUAAAGUUGUUCUUGAAAAGGGGCUAACUGUGGCAGUGAGGAGACUGGAAGAUGGAGGUUCUCAGAGGUUCAGAGAGUUUCAAACUGCAGUUGAAGCAAUAGGAAAAAUUAGACAUCCAAACAUUGUCAGCCUUCUAGCUUAUUGCUGGUGCAUCAACGAGAAGUUGCUUAUCUAUGAUUACGUGCCCAAUGGUGACCUUGCCACUGCAAUUCAUGGAAGAACAGGAAUGACAUACUUUAAACCUCUUUCAUGGUCCAUUCGACUUAGAAUCAUGAAAGGAUUAGGAAAGGGUCUAGCUUUUCUACAUGAAUGCAGUCCCAAAAGGUAUGUCCAUGGAAAUUUAAAGACUAGCAAUAUACUGCUCGGGGAGAACAUGGAGCCCCACAUCUCCGAUUUCGGACUCAACUGCUUUGCUUAUACAAGUGAAGAAUCCAUACCAGUUCAAGGGGAACAAAUGCCAAGCGGAACACCACAACAGGGUUCUCCAUAUGCUUUGACACCUACACAUUCAAGCAUGUCGGGGUCUUGUUAUGAAGCUCCCGAGUCCUCAAAAGUCAUGAAACCAUCACAGAAAUGGGAUGUUUACUCAUUUGGGGUAAUUCUAUUGGAGAUCAUUUCUGGGAAGUCACCAAUUAUGCAGAUGAGUCUGUCAGGAAUGGAUCUAGUCCGAUGGAUUCAGCUUAGCAUUGAAGUGAAGCCACCAUCCGAAGUACUAGAUCCCUUCUUAGCUCGUGAUUCGGACAAGGAACAUGAGAUGAUUGCAGUACUUAAGAUUGCUCUAGCCUGUGUUCAUGCGAGCCCUGACAAGAGACCCUCCAUGAAGAAUGUGAGUGAAAAUCUGGAAAGAUUGGUCACAUCGACUUAAAAUCAGUUUUCAUCGAGGGAAAUUAAUCUAUACACCCUCCUCAGAAAAAUCAAAUCAAUGGGUGCGUUGUUCCUAAGGAUUGAACUACUAAUUUGCCACAAAUAUUUCUCCUCCUGUUUGGAUGUUGUCUUACAUUGAGCUCCUAUUCACCACCAUGUACAUCUGAAUCUUGCAGUAUUUGUUGUGUUAAAUUAAAUAAUUCGUACAGAAUUUUUAUUAUUACUCUCCAUGAUUUUGUUA